AUGUUUGUAUGCCACGGUGCAUUCUGGGAAGGUGAGUUUGAGGAAGGAGUUGACCUGACAGUAUGACACAAGCUUUUAUGUCAAGAAUAACGUUCAGAGAAUGCAUAUUGAGUGAUAGAAAAGGCAAAAUGUGGGGGGAGAUCACCAGCAUGGUCAAAAGCUCAUUUAUUCAUUCAUUCAUCUUCAGUAACUGACUGCUUUAUCCUGGUCAGAGACGUGCUUAGCCAAAAUAUCUCAAACGAACAAUGAGAAACACAAGUAAUCACAUGUGUAGCCUCAUGAUGGAACUACUACAUAAGGUUCUACUUGGGUCUUAUCUGAAAUCAGUGUUCGCAGUGUGGUUUGUACCGUUGGAGCAGUGUAUUCAGGAGCGGUACAGUGUAUAUCAUCAUCUGUAAUGCAGUCAGAUGUAAUCUUCAAAUUUAUUUAUUUUUUUGGAGGUAAGCAAACUGGAACUUUACUUGUGGUUGAGCUACGUACAAACAGGAAACAUAUUUGUUACGCAAGCCUCUAGUUUGUAGAACUAUAUUUAGUGGGAAAUGUCAAAAUUUCACCAUGGGAAGGUUUUCUCAGGCCAACGAUUCACAUUCACAACAUUCAUUUAGUGAUAGUAUUUGUACUGUUGUUUUGUUUUUCAUCAGUGGUUUCUUCCUUGGAGGUGACACCCUUGAACUCCACAUACAAUGGACAGGGGGCUGAGCCUCCAGAUGCUUUAAACUCUCAGUAACGCCCCUCAUGCUCAGUUGGACUAUAAGACAGUUUGUUGAAAGGACAUGCUCAUAUACAAAGUUGGGGUUUAAGAUGGUGAUGCUGAUGUGGAUUACAGUGGUGAUUUUAAGUUAUACAAAUUCUGCACAAAUGAACAUCGUCAAUCAGCCGAACCCAGUGAUCACUGCAGCUUCUGGAGAUAACGUGACUCUACAUUGCCUUCGAGUGGAAGAAGGAGACACUGAAGCCAUCACUUGGUACAAACAAGCAGUAGGACACGAGCCUCGUGCAAUGGUCACAGUUCAUAAAUUAGCACGGAAUCCCAGUUUUGAAGAUCAGUUCAACUCGCCGAGGUUUUCUGUUGAGAAUUUAAAAGAAGGCUGCAUUUUGAAAAUAAAUAACGUGGAACCAUCAGACGAAGCCGUGUAUUACUGUGGAUUAAAAAAAAUUAUAAUAUUGUUUGGAAAAGGAACAUUUUUAUCAGUGAAAGGUGAUGGAGAUAUAAAAGUGUCAGUGUUCCAGAAUGGCGUGUCAGACUCGGUUCCUGUAGGAGCGUCAGUGACUCUGCAGUGCUCGGUUGUCUCUGAGAGCAGAUCAGCAGAACUCCAAGUGCUCUGGUUCAGAGCUGCUCCACCACAAUCCCAUCCUCAAAUCAUUUACACUCAUCACAACAGCAGCCAUCAGUGUGAGAGCGGCUCUUCUACACACACCUGUGUGUACAACUUCUCCAAGAACAUCCUCAGCCUCAGUGAUACUGGAACUUACUACUGCGCUGUGGCCGUGUGUGGGAAGAUCAUUUUUGGGAACGGGACACGAGUACAUUUGGAAGAAUCUGUGGAUCCUGUAGUGAUCUGCCUCGCUGUAGCUUUGGGAAUGUGUGUGGUUGUGAUCUCUGUUCAAGUUGUUUUAUUCUGUAAAUGGAGAAAUUAUAAACAACGCACAAAGAGACAAAGCUCUGGAAGAAGAACGGAGCAAAAAAGCACUCAGGACCGUGACUCUGUGGAGCUGAAUUAUGCUGCCUUACACUUUAAUGAAAAGAAAAGCAAAGGAGGGAGAGAAAGGAGAAAACCACCUCAAGACAGUGUGUACUCUGAAGUCAGAUCUCUCGCCACGACUUAGAUUAUAUGUCUUCAAUUCUUUUUUGGAAUAAAGUUCAAACUGGUGGUCUGCUCAUUUCAUUUUCAUUUCAUUUUAAAGAGUGAGGUCAAAAAAGAACAUUUCGUUGUGAUGGGAUAUUAAUAAUGCCUGUUCUUUCAAUGUUUAUCAAUUAGGAAAUGACUGAAGAUUGUAAAUCAGAAUGGGAAGCUUAUGGAAAAAGCAAUUUUUCUUUGGACUUUGUGGUUUUAUAGCUUGUUUUUGCCUCUUAAGUGAAAACAUUAUUGUGAAA